GAAACCCCCAGCAUCGCAGUUUGGGCUUUUGGUGAGAGCUUCUGCCGAGGAGGUAGCAGCAAUGCCGGGCAGCGACACGGCGCUGGCCGUGGAUAGAACGUACUCGGAUCCGGAGCGGCACCGGCGCCGCAAGACGCGGUAUUUCUGCCCUAAACACUCUUUGGUCUAAGACAAGGAUGGAGUGAAACUGCUUGUUGACAUAACAGAAACUGAUGUUCAAGAGUAUCCACAAUAGAAACUGACGGCACGAGUGAUAAAGAACUUACUCACCACAGUCAGUAGUGCUGGUGAUUUAAUGAAGGGCCUCCGUGUCUGGUGAAUACCUGGGUUUGGGUUUGUUUCUUAAGGUGGAAAGACAUGACAUGAAUACCCUGAGUUUACCGCUUAACAUUCGCCGUGGAGGCUCUGACACAAACCUGAACUUUGAUGUACCAGAUGGGGUCCUAGACUUUCACAAAGUCAAACUCAGUGCAGACAGCUUGAAACAGAAAAUCCUCAAAGUUACAGAACAAAUCAAAGUUGAACAGACAGCUCGUGAUGGAAACGUGGCUGAGUAUUUGAAACUGGUGAACAGUGCGGACAAGCAACAGGCUGGGCGCAUUAAACAAGUCUUUGAGAAAAAGAACCAGAAAUCUGCCCACUCCAUUGCCCAACUGCAGAAGAAAUUGGAACAGUAUCACAAAAAGCUCAAGGAUAUUGAACAAAAUGGAUCUUCCAAAAGUACAAAAGAUACUUCAAAAGACAUUCAGCAUGGAAAGUCUCGCGCUUCUGGGCAUGGAACAGAGAGCAGCAAGUCGGGUGUUCCGGGGGUAUCCUUGACACCACCUGUCUUUGUUUUCAGCAAGUCUAGAGAGUUUGCAAACCUCAUCCGAAACAAAUUUGGUAGUGCAGACAACAUUGCUCAUCUCAAAAAUACCUUGGAUGAAUUUCGGCCAGAAACGAGCUCUAGAACAUACGGGGGCAGUGCCACCAUUGUUGCCAAACCAAAAUAUGUCAGUGAUGAUGAAUGCUCAAGUGGGACCUCUGGCUCAGCAGAUAGCAAUGGCAACACUUCCUUUGGUCCUACUGUGGCAAGUACCCUGGACAGCCAAGGAAAGCUUUCCGUGAUUUUGGAGGAACUAAGGGAAAUCAAGGAAACACAGUCCCAAUUAGCUGACGAUAUUGAGAAUUUAAAAGCACAAUUUAAAAGAGACUAUGGCUUUAUUUCUCAAAUGUUACAAGAAGAAAGAUAUAGAUAUGAAAGACUGGAAGACCAAUUAAAUGACCUCACUGAUCUUCAUCAACAUGAGACAGCAAACUUGAAACAAGAGCUAGCCAGCAUAGAGGAGAAAGUGGCCUAUCAGGCAUAUGAGCGAUCACGAGAUGUUCAGGAAGCCUUGGAAUCAUGCCAGACCCGAGUUUCAAAACUGGAGCUCCAUCAGCAAGAACAGCAAGCACAGCAGUCUGAAACGGUUAAUGCCAAAGUGCUCCUGGGGAAAUGUAUAAAUGUUAUCCUGGCCUUCAUGACUGUCAUCUUAGUGUGCGUUUCUACUAUUGCAAAGUUCAUUGCUCCUAUGAUGAAGAGCCGUUUUCAUAUCAUCUGCACUUUUUUUGCAGUGACACUGCUGGCAAUAUUUUGUAAAAACUGGGAUCAUAUCAUUUGUGCCAUAGAAAGGAUGAUCAUACCAAGAUGAAGCUGCUGGUCUGGCCUUCUUUUUCUUGGUAUCUUUUUUUUUUUCCCUCUCCCCUCCCUUCCCUGUUUUUUAAGUGUCGUGUGUAUACAAAUUAUUUUUUAGCAGUUUAAAUGUGUAAACUGGAUGGAGGAGGCUACAAAGACACUUGGACUUUAAGGUGUAAAUACAUAUAUGCCUACUUCUUGGCAGUCACUUGCCUGUUGAAUCUGGUUGUGUCUGAUUUGCUAUGUCUGUGAUGAACUGCUCACUUAUGUCCUUCUUCUGCCUUAAUCCAAGGAGUUUUUCCACUUCACAAACCUCCACCCACAAAAGAUGUUAUGAUGCUCUGGGAGGGAUCAAAGCAACGGCAGCUGUCAAGUGUGCUUCUUACCGGACUGGAGUGCAAAGAGUGUGAUUAGGAGGGGGUGCACCAUAAUGUAUAUCAGCCCUCAUAUGCUAAUUAGUUUAUUUUCCCUCUGAAUCCACCUAGAAUGAUAAGCCAAAUUAUACAGUCAUACAUAUUAGUAGUUCUUCUAAACUAUUACACUGUACUAUAUAGAUUCUAAAUUGAUAGGGUAUGCGUAUAUGAGGUUUCUAGUUUUACGGACGAGCAAAACUUGAUGCUUCUGCUGGAAACCCUUUGCACAGAGAGUUUAUUGUUUGUAAAUUAGACCAGUGAUGACUGUUGAGCACAGUUAGUCGUUGUUCUAUCCUGGCACCGUUUCUUAUCACACUCGGGAAAUGUGAUACAAGGCUUCCAAAGAUGAACUGGAUUGAAUUACAAGAUCUCCAGGCCACUUUGUAAAGGAGUAAAGUAGCAAGUAAUGGUGGGUAAGUUGUCAUGCAGACCAAAGCACUCACUUGCUUCAAGCCCUGCAACCUGCAAGGGGAAAGGGGUACACAGAAAAGCAAUAUUUAGGUUAGCCUUUGUUAGAACUGAAUCUUUGGGGUGCUCUAACUGCAUGCAAAGCAGAUGGGUGGUGGGACUCUCUGGGUACAGUGGAUUUCUUUCUUGUGUCAGAUUAAGGAAUGUGGAAGAAGCGUGAGGGAACAGGUUCUUGGGGAGCAGGGAGUUAAACUUCUGUAAAUACAAAAACACUGUGCAGACUCUCUUGACAAACAUUCCUGAAUAUAAUGUAUUAGCAUACAGUACCACUACUAGGAGAGAUGCUUGGGUUUGUUUUCUUACUGGAAUUUAUUUUGCUUCAUUUAAGAAAAAAAAAAAUUAAAAAUUAAAAAAAUAAAAUUCCUUGAAAUCUGCUUGACUUUCGGCCAUGAUGUAAAAAAAGAUCUUUAAUAAAAACAAAACGACCAACAAAACAAAGCACCACAACCAGAAUUCUUUGCUACUCUCCAUUAAAUGAAACAAAAAAAAAGGCAGUGAAAAAAAAAGACAGUUUCCAGUUAUUUGUCAUUCAGGAUUUCUUACUUUGAAAAUAAUUGUCAUGACAGAUUUUCUUUUCAGUUGCAGUAUUUGUUAUGUUGGUUUUAUGGGGAGGGAGGGAACGGGAUUAAUCAAUGUGUGUAUUUGUUUUUAAUCAAGUGCAAUAGUUGAUGUAGAAACUCAGAAAACCUUAUUCUGAGGAAAGGGAGCGGGGGAGGAGGGGCAGGGAAAGAACUCUGACAUUUUAUCAUCAUUGGAUUAACAGUGAAUACAGUUACUUUUUGUGGCUUCAGAGACUAAAGGGAGGAUGGAAUUAACUACAUAAAUAAUUAUAUGACUCAGCAUUUAGAAAAUUCAAUUAAGACACUUUAAGAAUCAUUAAAGAAUGUGCUACAUCUUUGAACAGAGAAAGUGGGAAGCAUUGUGCUGGCUUGCAGGCACUGGAAAUGAAUCAGAACAGGCACACCCGCGUUAUCCUAACCCAGCCCUGCCUUAUCUUCAGAGGAAGGUAGGGUGGAAAGGAGAAGUCCUGCCGAGAGGGAUAUGCCUUUAUUAAACCCAAAUUUACCGAUGUGUUUAUCCCUGGCUGAGUCAGGAACAAUUAUUGUAUAGACACAUUCAUCUCUUCCUUUAUAUUGGCUUUUUAUUCUUUGCCUUUACCCUGUGUUCCUGGUAUCCCCAGAAGAAAGAAAGAGGUGUAUUGUGUUUUAUAUAAAACUUCUCUGUCUUAAUUGUUGCAUGUGCCUUUCAUAUCUCUUAACCCAUUUAGGCACUGUAUGUGUGCAUUGCAACAAGCCUUCAUACCUACCUUCCAAGCAUUUGCCCUUUGCCUCCUCUUAGAGCCAGCUCAUAAACUGAGGAGAUUGCUUCCACCAAUACAGCUCAUAAACUUUAUCUUCAAGGGAGGUCCAUUCCACAACGUUAAAAUGAUUAAAAGGAAAAAUUUAGCUCUUCCCUGGCCUUUAUAUCACAAGAAAGGGUUUCUCUUGGUUUAUUUUUAUGCCCUUUUGAUGUAUUCUCAUCUUGGUCUUUUCCACUGUUUUAGUAUUAAUUGUUCCUGUCUUCACUUUUGAAAAGGCAUAUGAUGUCUUCUCAUAGUCCACAUUUUCCAUUUCUUUAGUCAAUGAGUGUGCUUUUAUUGAAUCCCUUCCUUUCUGAAGUCUUUUCCUAAAUUCUGCCACCCAUUUUACUUAUCAGCCUUAUGACUCUUAUACCCCUCAUUUCUAUAGGCUGCGAGAUCAUACAUCCAUUACAAAAAAAGCCCUACAAACUAAAACAAGACAAGAGUCCUGUUACUUAUCCUCAGAAAGCUGUAACUCUUCAUGGUGUUUUCUCAUUAUCUUUAUUGUAAUCUCCAUUAUUCUAUUCAGUUUGCACAGCUGCCUUCUGGUUUGGCCACUAGAGAAAACACCGUCUAGCACUUUAAUAAAUGGAUCCAGAAGGGUCCAUGUGUAAGAAAGAAAUACCACCUGUUAAUAAUUUUUAUGUAAGGAAAACGCCUUUGCAUGUUGCAUGUUACAUGUUUCAAGAUAUAAUCCUUUCAGUUCCAGUGUAUAUAAUUAAAAGUGUAACGUUGUGCAGUCUCAAGGUCAAGCAGGAAAAAGGUUAGUUGUUUUUCUUACAAUGAAGGAAGAUGGUAUGGUAAAACCUGUGAACAUGAAGGCUUCCGCUCCAAGGGCAUCCUGUUACCAUCUUGAAAGAUUACCUCAGUGCAAAAUGAGGGUAGAACAUAAAAUCAGUGGGCUUAUGAAAGAUUGUUCACUGUCUUGAUAAAAUCUGACAGGGUCCAAAUUGGGAACAGAAGGGUCUUGCAUUUCCAUAUUAGCUUUAUAUCUGGCAGAGGACAGAAAAAGCUGUAAGGGCCGCAUAAUGUUACUCGUGUAUAUUAAAACAACCCUAAGUGAUAGAUGGGCACACCGCUUCUCCAGGUUAUUUUUCCUGCUGGAUUUAAAUCACUAGAGGAUGUAGCACACACAAAAAUUUAUACCUUGUUAGCUCACUAGGCUGGAAGAAAAACCUAGCAAAAGAGGUAGAUGGUUCUCCACCUCUGGAGACUUAAAGGGCUGAUGACUAGUGAUUGCAAAGCUGGGAUAAAAAGGGAAAUGAGCCUUUUUCUUUCUUGCUGCCGUGAAAUAACUGCCCCUAAAACUCCACUCUAGGCAGUCUCUAUGCAGAAUGAUGGGCAGCUUCAACAUAGAAAGGUUCUUCCUAGCUUUUGCCUGUAGGGAACAGAUACAAACAGCACUGAGAUGUGGUAGGACAGGCUACCAGCUGUAUCUCUACUCAGGAUCAAGAACAGGCUCUUGGCUGGACUAGCCAGGGCUGAUACCUUUGCCACUAACGUUGGUAUUGGAAUCACUUCCACUUCUUAGGAUAGUAUUGUACAAGUGUGCAUAUCUGGUCUGCAGUCAGAGCCUUGCUUGCUGUGAAGGUAUGCCUAAGCCAUGCCAAACAGCUGCGAGACUUCUCUUAAUGAGAACUUCGUUCAGCUUCUCAAUCAAUUAGCUGUGUUCUGUCAGAAUACUGUUUUUGCUUUUAUGUUCUCUUAUAAUGCAUUAGACAUUCUUCAUGUACUCCUUACACUUACUCAUCAUGAGCCUCUGAAACACUCCCACUCAACAAGAAGUUGUCAAACAAUGUCUUUUCUGCGUGGUGGUGCCCGGUAGUCAAUUAUUUCACUUCUCCUUGACAGUAGGUCUCCAACUGCGAAAAGCCCUUCAGUUAGCUCUUCAUACCUGUCCUUUCUGCUCAGACAUUCCUGGAGAUUUAGUUUCUUGUGAAGGUUAGCACAAUUUUCCUGAUUUCUCCCGUUUCAGCGUUCAAAACUUGUAUAAUGGAUCCCUCCACUAGCUUCAACUAUAACACCAUUAUUGUUGAACAUCCAAUUAGUCAUUGACAGCACUGAAUGAGACCCAGUUUAAAUUCCUUCUCCUUUCUGCUUUAUUUUAUAUGUGUUUGUGCAACUUCUUAUUUUACUGCUCUCCUGUGAUGUGUACUUGUUCUGAAUUCUUAGAGAAGCACUGUCAAAUCUGACUGCUUUUUAUUUAAUAUCAAAAUGCUUGGGUUAUGCAGUGCCUCUGCUGCAGGGUCAUCGCAUAGAUCUCUCCUACCUGCACUACAUAAAGCAUACUUAAAAGCCAAUGGUUUUCUUUGAACGAAUCAUGACUGCUUGUCUGGGGAAUAGGAAUUCAAUAGGUAAAGGCAGUUUGCUGUAGGAAAGAUACAUAAUCCACUGAUUAGAAAUUGAAGCUAGACAAAUCCAGUAUAAGCAUAAGCUUCAGUUUUGUAAUCCUAAGGGUUACGAUGUAAUUAUUAGCUGCUGAAUAAUAUAAGAAAGCACACCGACAUUUGAUCUUAAAGUUGAAAGCUGCUGUUCAAAAGAGGAACCAGUUCAGGCUUAUGUUUGAUACAGAGUCCAUUGCAUCCUCACAGGUAGUGCUUUCUAGAGUUAAAAUCAAUGAACAAGAAAUUAUUUGGGGAAAAAAAUAACACACAGAAGCCUGUGAUUCAUUUAGGUGGUAUGGAAAUCCAUUUCAAAUCCAAGCCCCUUUCCACUGUGAUAUAGACAUUUUACUUCUGGAUUCAAUGGAACAACAGAAGGUAAACACAGAUUAAUGUAAUUAAACACUUUAAUUUGGAUAACAGAGUUUAAUCACUUCUGAAAGGCCAUCUAGGAAUAGCAAUCAGGCAAGUUUAUUCUUCUCCUUUUUAAUCAAGCAAAUUUUUUUUUUGUUUUUUUUCAUUUACUAUCAUGCCAGAAUGAAGCCUUUAAUUAAUUAUAUUGCUCCCCUUUAAAAUGCAAGAGAUUAUAAAAGACUUGUUUUCAGAUAAAGUUUGAAUGGUCUUUCUGAUGCUGAGUAAAAUCCAGCAGAAAUAAUCAGACAAUUUUACAUUACAGCAGUGAAAGACUAAGAAAAGUUUAAUUUUAGCUAAUGGAAUUUCCUAUUUUCCCUGGAAAAGCAAACUGAGAUGAUGCUGUAUAUAAAGAUUGCAUGAGGACUAGUCAAGGUAUCUUGUACGGUGGAUUUGUUAUAUGUUUAGUGUAUUAAGUCGUACUGCUGUUGGAAAGUUUUGCACAAAGCCACCUUUCCUUUAUACCUAGGGAAUCUGGGUAGUAUAGUAUUGAGGUGUACCAAAAAUUGUCUGUUUUAAUUGGCUAAAGUUAAUUGUCUCAGUGUGUGAUCUACAGUGUUUCUCAUACCAUUUUCAUUUUGUACAGUACUGUGGAAAGAUGCAACUACGAAAAUGUAAUUUUUGUAUAUUUUGUUGUGUAGUCAUGACUGCCUCUAAGGUGCCAUUAACAUUUUUUAAAAUAAAAAUAUUUACAUUUAUUUGAUGAUGAACAUUGUUUCUUAAACUUAUUGUCUGAUCACACAAACCCCUCAGGUUUUUUUGUUAGUAACAAAGUUAUUCAGCUGUCAGUGGCAAAGUUAUUCAGUUAAGCAUAAGCCCUGGCUUUAAAAUACUGAUGAAACUAAGCAUUCUGCUCUGCUGUAGUUUUGACCCAAACCAGUAAUUUGAAUUAUAUUUACAGCUCUGAUGUGGGAAAACUGCAAACACUAAAUGAGGUAUCAUCGUUGCUCUUCGCCAGAGCUUGUGUGAACACGCUAUGCAAACAUGAUGCUGUUGUGCCAAGCAGUUGGGCUCACUUUGGAUUAUUUUUUUUGAAAACUGAAUUGGAAACCUAAGCUGAAUUUUGACAUUAUUGUCAGAAAUCUUGGUCACAUGUGCCAAAAAUGCAAUACGGACAUGCCUAAUUGUUAACAUAGCUGACAUAAAGCAAAAGAUUUGCAUUUCUUUUUUCACAAAACAGAGGUCUUGUCAGCUGGCACCAGCAGCUAUUGGGUAUGAUAUUAGUUUUAUACCAAGAACAGAUGAGAAACGGUGCAGUAACAGCAUAUUGCUUUGAAAUCAUACUGUACUUCCCAUUUCGUCCUGUUUGUGGACAUGGCAUACAGUGGCUCCCAUGUCACCUGCAGACUUUCCAAGGUCUUGUCUUGCUGAAUUUCCUGGAACUGAAUUUACCUGGAAUUCAGUCUAUAUUAAGGCUAACUCCAUUCACAAACAGCACGUUCAUCCACAGCCGCUAAUACCUUCUGCCCGCUGCUGUCAUAGGCUGAACAACCGCUGAUAACACAUCGGUAAACCUGACAUUAAAAAAGGCAUCUCCACACUAUUGUUUCUCACAGUUGUUCAUAACCCUGGCUUUGAAGAGUGCAUAACACACCCUCGUAGCUGUUUUAGCACCCAAAAUAGAAAGGUAGAGAAGAAAAUAAAACGAUGCUGUUUAACUUAGCACAGAAAGAGAAAUGUCAUAUCCAAGUAGUGGUCACUGUACAGUGUUAGGAAUCACUAGAUGAGACAAAUAGUCCUUGCCAGCAGUGUACACUGAAAAUACUUCAUGCUGGUGCCCCAAACAUGUUGGCGCCUCUGAGAACCAAAGUUGUAUGAAUGUGCUGGAAACCACCUGAAGACACCCAAGACUUCAUCUGCUACUAUACUGCAUCUUGUUUUGCAACACCAAACCCUGCUUUGAACAAGGUCGUUCAGAUACUGCUAGCAGUGCAGUUUAAACUUGGUGAUAAGUGCUUCCUUAAUACAUGUGUACCAUGGUUCUACUUGUGCCACCGUGGAAGAGUACAGCAAUCAAACGUCUGGUUCUGCCUCAUGUGGAAGCUGACACAGAGUUGAUGUAAUUGAAAGCAGAAAUUUGCACACUGUAUCCUCCUCAAUUCAUGUGUAGACAGUGGACUUAGUUGACAAUUCAUUAGUUUUGUGAAGUUACUUAGCAGAUUGAUGCUAUGUUAGCUUUGAUGUGCAGCCUACUAAACUCAGACAGAAGUAAAGCAGAGAGACUGAACUCCCCUGCCUUAGGAAAAGCUUGAAGUUGGCCUGUUCUAAGCUGUUGAGAGAAGCGUCGACACACUUUUGACAGAAACUUUAGGACCUGAGCUUGCAUUUGAUGUAGUCAUGAUCCCUUCGGCUGGUGAGUGUGUAGCUGUAACCACCUGUGUGUGCAAAUUUUGAAAAACUCCUAGUUACUGCAGUAGAGAGGAGUCAGUCUAAUGGGAGUGAAAGGACAGUCAGGACUGAAGCUUGUAAUACAGGAGAACAAUAUACAUAAAUGUGAAAUCUCCUUGCAGCCCAAUAAAUUCCCUGUGUAUUUUUCUGUUGAAUACAAUUUUAAUAAGUUAGUACUUUUCUGGGAAAUGUCCUUUUUGCCCCCAUAGCCACAGACACAUUAUUAAAGGGGAAGAAUGCAGAAGAUCAGCAUUUACAAGCACAAGGUACUCUGUGUGGAUGCUGACCAGAAAAGUAGAGACCACAAUGCCCGUGUGACCAGCAGUCCCAAAUAACAUGUUCGCCUGAGUAAUUGUUUCAUAAACUACCUCUGGUUUUGUAUCUACGGAUGUCCUAUGUACUAAAAAUUACAUUUCAGCCUUGCUGAGUGCAAUGGUAAAAUCCCCUCUGAGUUUAACUGGGGAAAUCUCUUUUCAUAGCACUGUGGCACUUAAAAGUGAUUUAAUCUUCUGAUUUUGUAACGGUAAAAAUAUUUUCUCAGGCAAUCUGCAACAAUCUACCAUUUUACCUCUCUACCACAAAUAGCACUAUACACAGUCACAGACAGCUCUGCUGCAGUUUUAUGAGAUGAUGUAAGUAUUUGGAUGCUUUCAAGUUCUGCUGACUUAGAGGCAGAACAGAGUUUGUACUCUCAACACUAAUUCCGUGCUUGGCCUCUAUCCUGCUUGAUUGGAUUCAGGUCAAGGUGACAUAAACUAAGCACGGAUUAAACUACAGGUAUGACCAGCAGCAUGUGUGCAUAACAGCAAAAUCCUUCUCUAAAGAUAUGCCACUGGACUACAAGAGCUUGAGGAUUUACCUAAUCUAGCAAGUAUUUUCAGCUUGCUCAACCCAGGAAGCAAGGAGGUCUAAAUAACCUUUCAAACUCAUUUAGACAUUUUCUGACCAUACUUAUACAGUAUCUUCCCCCAGAGAGCAUAUCUGCAAAACACAUUGAGUUAUUUUUUUGAGCUUCUUUACGUAUUUUACUGAUCUUUGUAUGUUGCUUUCUCUCUGUGAGGAUGAACCUUGCCGCUCUGUGAAAUGCUGAUCUACCCAGAACUAAUACAAGAUGACAUGCAAAGAGAAUAAAUAAUGCCUAAUACUGUCAACCAAAACCCUUGACAUCUCUAAAUGAAAUCUCUGUAAUUUUAGUUGAGCCCCACAGCUA